AUGUAUAUUGAUGUUUAUUUAGAAUCAUUCACAGAUUUUAUUGAAGAUGAUUUUGAUAUAAAAUCGUUUUCAGCAAAUAUUUUACAAACAAAACUUGUUGCUGAUUAUUUACAACAUUUAAAUGAACUUAUACGAACACUUGAUGCUGAAAUAAAACAACAAGUAUCAUCAAAUGCACCAGUUCUUUUUCGUCAAGCAUCAUCAAUUGGAACAAUUGAAGAUGUCUUAGAAAAUAUGCAAUCACGUAUUGGAUCAUUGAAAUCAACUGUAGACAGGAUAUCUUCAAAAGUUACUGAACCUUACAAUAAAAUUUUAGUUCGAAAAUAUCAAUUAACUCGUCUUCAAAAUACAUGUGAUCUUCUGCGUCGUAUUAAAGGAAUAAUGCAACAAACAAAAAAAUUACAAACGUAUAUGUCACCUUCAAAUACAGGUCAACAACAAAUCGAAUUAGUUAAAGCUUCUCAAUGUUUAAGUGAAUUAGAUCAUUAUACAAUUGAUUCGGAUUUUACGGGUAUUGAUGUUGUAGAAAAAGAUCUACAAUUUGUCUUUAAAGCUCGCCAUGAUAUUCAAACUCAAACACAAGAUGUUCUAGAAAAUGGUCUUAAUCAUUUGAACCCUGCUCAAAUUGGUACAGCAUUACAAGUAUUUUUUAAUUUGGGUACACUUUACGAUCGUAUUCAAUCCAUUGAACAACGUCUUUUAGAAAAUUUUCAAACACAAAUUUCUGAUUAUCUUGAUUUAAAACAAUUAUCAAAGAGUAAAGAUCCAUCAAAUCCAGGCCGAACAACAAUGCCAAAUAUUGGUAAUACACCACAAUUUCGUGCAUUAUUAUGGACAAAUAUUGAAAAAAUACUUGAUUUAUUAUAUGGUUAUAUUGCACAAUUAUAUAACCUUGCAAGAGUUUUAGUUAAAAAGAAAGAUUCAAUUACACAUUGCACUUUUAUUGAUGAAUUAAUUAAACAUGGUCAUUCAGGUGAAUUAGUUGGAAAAUUUUGGAUAGGUGCUAUGAAAUCAUUGAAAAAACAAAUGAAAACAUCCAUGUUAGAUUCAUAUCAUCUUCGACAAGCAUUAGAAGGCGAAUAUCCAAAAUUAUUAAAAUUACAAAAUGAUUUAAUUAAUCGUUUAAAUCAAUUACAACCAGGUUUUAGUGAUAUUGACAUGGAUAUUAUAGAUGAAGAAUUAUAUGAUUCAGAACAAUUAAAUGGAAAACAAAAAACAAAUAUACAAUUAAAUGAAUGUUUUUAUAUAUUCGAAAAAUCUUAUUUAUCAAUAUCAUUAUCACGUUUAUCCGAUCCUAUUAAUCUUAUGUUUAGUAGUAGUACAACAAAACUAUUACCUACACAACAAGAAUUAGAAAAUCUUAUUAAAGUUAUUAUUAAUGAAUUAUCAGUUUCAACUGUUAGUGAAGCAUUAGUUAAUAAAGUCGCACGUAAUAUAGGUAAAGCUAUUCAAUUAUUUGCAGCAAAAUGCGAACAAUCGAUUUGUACGGAUAGUGAAGGAAGUCAAGUUGUUUCUGUACCAACACCAGCUCAAUUACGUAAUAUAUCCGCAAUUAAUAUUCUUUAUAAUUUCUGUUCAAUGAUUAAUAAGAUGCUUUCUGAACAACAAAAUCUUUCAUCCGAUGCAACGACACGUAUAACUGAUGCUUUACAAUGUGUUCAUUCAUUAAUGCAUACAGCAAUUCAUCCAUUUCUUAAUUCUGUUGCUGAUUGUAUUGAAGCUAUACUUGCUACAAUGCAUACGGAAGAUUUUUCACAAUCAGCUGGAAGUCAAUCUGAUUCACAAAGUUCAUUAUAUAUGAAAGAAUUACAAGAAUUUAUAAUACGUAUACAAAAAGAUUAUUUUAGUGAAUUUCAGUGUAAAGAUUUUAUGUAUGAAAAUCUUGCACCAAUUGCAUGUCGAGCAAUUAUUUUAUUUAUGGAACAUAUUAGUCUUGUUCGACCAUUAGGUGAAGGUGGAUUAUUACGUUUAGUUGUUGAUUUUGCACAAAUUGAACUUGCUUUGUCACCAUUUUGUCGUCGAUUAACUGAUUUAGGAAAACAUUAUAAAAUUUUAAAAGCAUUUCGAUCUUUAUUGAUUUUAAAUACAGAAGAAUUUCAAAAUAAUUCAGCUAUUGGUGAUGUUGUUCCAUAUGAUAUUGUUCUUCAUCAUUUAUUUUCAAGGGCACCUAUUGAAAUGCGUUCACCACAUCAAGUAAUGAAUUGGUCAAUAAGUCGAUAUAUUCAAUGGCUUGAUGAACAUCCAAAUAUGAGUGAUCGAUUAGUAAUGAUCAAAGGAACAUUAGAAACAUAUGUUCAAACAGUUCGAAAUCGACAACAAAAAGAAUUUGCACCUAUUUAUGUUAUUAUUCUUAAUAUACUUGAAAAAGGCUUAACAUCUGUUGCUUAG